CGUUACGGGAGGCGCUUCGCGUGACGGGCGCGGGCCGCGAGGCGAACGGAGAACUUGACGCGCGGCCGAUCCCCCUUCGUGCCAUGCCACGGCCCCAAACAUGUCCAAAAGCCUGAAGAAGAAGAGACACUGGACCAGCAAAGUCCACGAGGUCGUCCUGCACAGGGACGCGCGGGGACAGCUCGGCUUGGACCUGCGCGGGGGCGCGGAGAAUGGACGGUUUCCGUACGUCGCGGACGUCCAGAGCGGCACGCUGUCCCGGGACAAGCUGCUUCUCGAGGUGAACGACACGCCAGUAGCCGGACUCACGACCAGAGAUGUGUGGGCUGUGGUCAGGCACUGCAAAGACCCCGUCCGGUUAAAGUGCGUCAAGCAAGGAGGUCCCUUUGUGGAUAAAGAUCUCAGGCGUUACCUCAGCCUGCGGUUUCAGAAAGGCUCUUUGGACCACGAGCUCCAGCAGAACAUCCGGGACAACCUCUACCUUCGCACUGUCCCCUGCACAACCAGACAGCCUAAGGAGGGUGAGGUCCCUGGAGUGGACUACAACUUCGUAACUGUUGAACACUUUAUGGAACUGGAGAGAAGCGGGGCGUUGCUGGAAAGCGGAACAUAUGAAGAUAACUAUUACGGCACACCCAAACCUGCGGCGGAGCCGAGUGCUCUGCUGCUAAACGUGGCCGAGCGGCUGGUUCCUGGCUCCGCCCACAAAACAGGUGGCAAACGCAGGCGCAACAAGUCUGUCAGCGACAUGGAGAAGGCUGGAAUUGACCCUCCUGAAGAGGAAGAAGAAGAGAGACCCGUCAUCAAUGGCAACGGAGUCAAUAUCACACCGGACUCCAGCGAGCAGGAGGAUAAGAGCACAGAUACUUCAGGGGAGAUGCUCCCAGCUGCCCCAUCCGUGCUGGCCGAGACCCACGCAGACACCCUGAAUGAGACAAGUGAGGGUCCCCAGACAUCUCCCAAGACAGAGCAGGACGAGGAGCUCAGCCCUCUUCCUGAGAACUGGGAAAUGGCAUAUACUGAGAAAGGAGAGGUCUACUUUAUAGAUCACAACACGAAGACAACGUCAUGGCUAGACCCGCGGCUAGCGAAGAAGGCUAAACCUCCAGAAGAGUGCAGUGAUGAUGAGCUUCCCUAUGGCUGGGAGAAAAUCGAUGAUCCUGUUUACGGCAGCUACUACGUUGAUCACAUAAACAGGAGGACUCAGUUUGAGAACCCAGUUCUGGAGGCCAAGAGAAGACUGCAGCAGAUGCAAACCCAAGGCCUAUCCUCUCUUCCCUUGCCUACUGUAUACAGAGAGAAGCCCUUGUUCACACGAGACCCCACUCAGCUAAAGGGGAGCUUCCUGUCUAUAGUGCUACAGAAAAGCACUAUGGGCUUUGGAUUCACCAUCAUCGGAGGAGACGAGCCUGAUGAAUUCCUGCAGGUUAAGAGUGUCAUUCCAGAAGGCCCUGCUGCACAGGAUGGCAAGAUGGCUACAGGUGACGUCAUUGUCUACAUCAGUGACAUGUGCGUCCUGGGUACAACCCAUGCAGAUGUGGUGAAACUCUUUCAGUCCAUUCCCAUUGGACAGAGCGUGACUCUGGCGCUCUGCCGCGGCUACCCUCUCCCCUACGACCCCGAGGAUGCAGCCAGCACCUUGAUCUCCCCUCUGAGCCUGGUGGAUCGCCCUCUGCUGGUCAACGGCCGCAACAGCUACGACAGCUACAUGGAGUACAUCUCCCGCACGGCUCGUUUCAUAGACCCGCUCCGCCCGCCGAUGACCCAGCCGCAUCCAGGCGACACGCACCUGGACGCGGGGACUCACGAAGACAGCAUCUCCAUGGCAUCGUCGGGGGCGGCGGGGGUGGAGCUGAUUACGGUGACCCUGCUGAAGGGACCGGACGGCUUCGGGUUCACCAUAGCUGACAGCCAGGGAGGGCAGCGGGUGAAGCAGAUCCUGGAGGCGCAGGGCUGCCCGGGGCUGUGUGAGGGAGACCUCAUCAUGGAGAUUAACCAGCAGCUGGUCCUUGCACUCUCACACACGCAAGUGGUGGAACUGCUGAAGGAAUGUCCUGUGGGGGCAGAGGCCAAGCUGGUGGUGCAAAGAGGUGGGGCAGGUCACUUUUCACCUUGGAAGAGCCCCAAACAGGUUCUGGACCACUGGAAUUCCCAGAGCGGGCUUUCCGCCUCUGCUCUCUCCCACGGUGCCCCCUACCUGCGCUGGCCCUCAGCUGCAGAGCCCCCCCAGGGCUUUGACCUGAGCAAACCUGACCCUUAUGACCUGUACACGAAGUCCAGGGCCAUGUAUGAGAGUAGGCAGCCUGGCUUGCCUCGCCCUGUGUACCCACCAGACCCCUCAGUAGGAUUCCAGGAGAUGGAGGUGAACCUCUGCAGACAGAAAUCUGGCUUUGGAUUCCGGAUCCUGGGUGGAGAGGAGGCGGGACUGCCUGUGAGUCCGGAGGCCCAAGAGAAGAUCCUAAUUGGGGCGAUCAUAGAGAACAGCCCAGCGGAUAAAGACGGACGUCUGCGACCAGGAGAUGAGCUGCUCUCGGUGGAUGGCAUUCCUGUAGCAGGGAAGCCACAUCGUUAUGUCAUCGACCUAAUGCACGGAGCAGCCCGCAACGGCCAGGUCAAACUCACCCUGCGAAGAAGAGUGCAGCCUACAGGCGAGCCAUGUCCUCAAAAUGGCCGGAGUCCUGGUACCAGCUCCACCCAGCACAGCUCCCCCAGGAGCGACUUCAACCCUGGAACCUUCUCCAGCAAUUCAGCCCUCGUGCAGAACUCCGGCCCCACAGUCACAGGGUCCGGUCCCCUGGAUACUGUUCCCAGUCAGAAUCUGCAGGCCAGUGACGUCAUCAUUCAGCGCAAGGAGAGCGAGGGUUUUGGGUUUGUCAUCAUAAGUUCGCUGAACAGGCCAGAAACAGCAACCACGGCAGCUGUACCUCACAAGAUCGGGAGGAUCAUCGAGGGUAGCCCGGCAGACCGCUGUGGGAAGCUGAAGGUCGGCGAUCGAAUCCUGGCCGUGAACAGCCAGUCCAUCGUCAGCAUGGCGCACGCAGACAUCGUGAAGCUCAUCAAAGACGCAGGCUUGAGCGUCACACUGCGCGUCAUUGCUCAAGAAGAGGCAAAUAGUACACCCUCUGCUGGUAGCUCUGAGAAACACAGUCCUCUGGCACAAGCGAGUCCAGUGACCCAGCCUAGCCAAACACAGCUGCCCCAGUCCAACAGCACCGCCAAGACCAGUACUGCACCGUUAACAAGCUCUGCACCUCAGCCCAGUGUACAAAUACAGCCUAGUUCUGCAGCACAGCACAGCCCUGCCACUCAGACCAGUCCAGCCAAUCACCCAAGCCUUGUGAGCCAGCAGACUCCGCCCACACAACCUGUGCUGGCUCCAGUGCAGACCUACACCCACGAUGGCAGCUACAGGUCAGAGGUGAAAGCACGACAGGACGUAAAGCCAGACAUCCGGCAGCCCCCCUUCACUGACUACAGGCAGCCCCCGGUGGAUUACCGACACCCUCCUGUUGCAGACUACAGACAGCCCCCCCUGCUGGACUACAGGCAGCUAUCCACAGACCCGCGUGCCUUCCCUAUAGCAGACUACAGACAGCCCCAGGAUUUUGAUUUCUUCACGGUGGAGUUGGAGAAGAGUGUUAAGGGUUUCGGUUUCAGCAUCCGUGGGGGGCGGGAGUAUAAGAUGGACCUGUUCGUGCUCCGGUUGGCUGAUGACGGCCCAGCCAUCCGCAACGGGAGGAUGAGGGUUGGAGACCAGAUCAUCGAGAUCAAUGGGGAGAGCACAAGGGACAUGACCCACUCUCACGCCAUUGAGCUCAUCAAGUCGGGCGGACGCCGCGUGCGUCUACUGCUGAAGAGAGGCACGGGGCAGGUCCCUGACUAUGCAGAUAGUCCCGCCCCCUGGGACGCUCAUUCUACAGCCUCCCCAAGUCUCUCGGAAGUAGCUCCGCCCCUUGACAGCUUCACCAGUGCGUCACCGUCAUCCCACAUGAAUCCAUGCACAGACCAACCUCACGCCUUGCCCCUGGAAGCAGCCGACGGCGGUCCCCAAGCUUCUAGAGGUCCAGAGCAGGGCGGCGCGGGGAGGCGGUCCGCGGAGGCUGCUAGCGCGGCAAAUGGGAAGCGAACCAGCCAGAGCGGCAAGGCCGGGACUGGGGGCAAGGGGCACCGGCCGCAUUCGGAUAACAUCCCAGGGGAGCUCCAGGACCCCAAACCCCCCAAAAGCAGCCGGACGCGAUCCAAGGAGCGUCGGGCCGAGCGCGGCCGGACGCCGUCUCGCAAACGAGAUCCUUUCGAGUCCCCCAAGCCCCCUGGAGUCGACAUCGGCAUGAACGGGGGCGAUGGCGGUAGCCUGGACAGCGCCGGCAACCCGCCAGCCACGAGAGCACUUCCGCGGGAGCCGGAGAGGGCGCCAGAAGAGAGCCGGCCCAGCCACACCUCCAAGAGCACGACCGCAGCCAACCACAACGCUAGUUUGGUGGGUCGGAAGGCCACAGUGUCUCCCGGCCCUUGGAAGAUCCCUGGCUCAGACAAACUCCCCAGCACCCUGCGUUCGGCCACCUCCACCAUCAGUAGAUAACACACCUCACCUCCAGCUCCCCCCCCCAGCGGGCAGAGUCUGCCCCAGCUCCGUUUAGCCCGCUUUACCCUCAUUUCAUUUGCUCUGCGCCUGGAAGACCUUGACCUCGGAUAGGCAUGUGCUUAGCUUUGGAUGUUGGUAAACAUGAUUUAAAAAACAAACAAACAACAGCUUUCUUACCUGGGUGGAACCAAUCAGGGCCCUGAUCCCACAUGCCUCAUGACAGAUCUCUCCAUGCAUUUAGAGACAGCAUUUGUUUAAGUUAUAUUUCUAAAUUAUUAUUUUAAGAGACAUGACACCCACCACCUUAAAGAACUGGAAGUACCCUCUCGGAAAAGAACGCACACAUCCGGCCUUGGGACAAGGCGGAUCAGACUUCUGCAGGUCCGUCGGAGGAGAAACACCAAAACUGAACCCUUACAUGCAUUACAGAAUCACUGACUCUCUGCCACUACCUGUGGCCACAGCAAGUUUUAUACAAUGGAAUCUAUUUUAUGGGAAAAAGAUGAAGAAGAAUGUUGAAGGAGUUUGCCUGACAUUUGUGUAUUUGAAGAGAAAGAAUGCAAGUGAAUUUAGUGUAUUAGAAGACACUCGACAGUUGAACUCUGCCUUAAAUAAAAGAAAGCUGUACUGAUCUACAGAUAUUACAUAAAUCUUCAUUAGAGAUGAUUAUAGAAAUAGGCAUAUUAUAUGGAUAUAGAUAUAUGAAACAGUGUAAAUACAGUCACUGUUCCAAGUCCCUGUGUGGGCCCACAUCCACCCAGUCAGAAGAGUUGGAGACCAGAAACCAUUCUCCAUUCUUUCACAGAGGCCUGCCAUUGGUCUCCUGCUGCAUCUCUUUGGGAGACCAGCGGGCAUCGAGCUUCCCCUCCUUCGGUAAUCAAUGACUCACUCCAUUCUCCCGUUAUCCCACUUUGUGAACAAAGCAAUCAGAAGAGGUUUAAGAGGGUUCAAAAGGGUGGGCUUAGAUGGGGCACUGUGCCUUACCCAGAGAGGCUGAUGCUCUUUUGGAGCUCUGCGUGUCAGAGGACAAAUUGCACACCAGACCAGAGGCUGCUGAUAAAGUGUUAGCUGUGAGUUUGGCUUAAUCUUAGACUGGCCAGUGGCAGCUCACUGAAAGUCCUUUAGCAGCCUUAUCUUCAGUCUGGGCCUGGGAAACUGGGAUAAACAUAUUCACUACAUCAAGGUAUAUCGAAUCAGUGUGAGCAAACAGCAAGAGCAAUGUUGGCCUGAAUUUACUACGAAUACUGGUCCAACAUUUUGUUAUCUUAGAAGCCCCUUUGAAUAUGGUUCUAUAAGCAGAGGGGACUUAGCUUAAGAAGACGUGAUCUGUGACACGUGAUAAAUGUGGGUUCAGGACUGGACGGGUGUGUUUUAUAGUCCUUUAACUACACACUAAUCAGUACUCACAGAGUACCUCACAGAGGGGUCAGGAUUUGUGUAAUUUCCUGAUUUGGACAUAUAUUGGUAUAUAAUUUGAAAAGCUAUUUUCAUAUACAGAAAACUCAAAGAUGACAAAUUCUUUUUAAAAAAGUAUAUCUAUAUAUAUUUAUCAGAAAUCUCUAGUAAGAGGCAAGAGACCAAGUGUGUAUUCAGCACCUUGUCUAUUAGUAGACACUGAAUAGUA